AUGACUUCCACUACCGUCACCGCUGCCUUGACUAUUGCCGAGCAAGAUAUUUUUGCCACCUCUGCCGAGUGGGAUACCCACGACACCACCGAGUCGACUCGCAUGUCGUCUCGAAUCUCUGAACCCUCUGACAAGUCCAACUCCUCGUCUGAUGCCUGGAAGCAACAGCAAACCGAGUCCGAGUCCCAGUCGGGUGCCGAUGCCGAGUAUGAUAUCAGCCAUGAUCGUCAGUUCCAAAAGUUCUUGCGUCGUUUCGGUGGGAACCGCAAGUCGCGUUCUUAA